AUGCAGGAUGCAAAGUCAAAUGGUGCAGUUCCACUUCAUUAUUCACAUCUCAUCGGACCAACCAAAUCAACAUUCUGUUUUGCAAACGAAUGGUGCGAUUUGCAGAGGAGAUCAACUAGAAAACGCUUUCGACUACCACUCAUAGAAGACAUUGAACAUUUGCGUGAUAUUGACAAUAUUGGAGCAUUUUGGUUAGGCUAUAACGCCUUCUUCAAUUUUCACAAUACUACAAAACUCAACUGGUGGUAUCGUGAUUCAGUGUCAUCAACACUGAAGAAAGCUGAUAUGAAUAAGCUGAAGAUUCCAGGUGGUUGGAAAUCAUCUGAUCCUGGAGGUGUUGAACUAUGUUCAAUUUACACAGUGUCUACGAAAACAAGUGAAUCUGUAGAUUGUAGAUUGUUGCAAACGGUUUUAUGUGUCGAAGUUCCCAUCCGACCAUCGAGAAAACAUCAGAAUACUGAUUCUUCGAUUAUAGUUAAAAAGUUCAAAUCUGAGAAGAUAAGUAGUCCUAGUUUCAUAUCGACUACUACUGGGAGAGAUGGUUGCUUUCUCAAGACAGAUAUAACUGAUUUACGUAGAUGCACCAUGGAGUUAGUUUCGUUUUUGACUGUGUUGUAA